AUGCCGCCGAUGCAGCGUGCUGUGCCGACUUGGCCAUCGUACGACACUGUGAUCUGACGAGAGAUGAGCUUGUCGCAUCAUCUUCGGGAGGUGCCGCAGUGAAGGAAUUAGCAAUGCAGACAAAUUGUCACGAGACGACGCUACGUGACUCGCUCGCUACCCUUGAGCUUCGUGUAUUCGCUGCUGAGGAAGAUGCAACGCAUGCUUCGAGCGCCACCACCCAGGUCGAAAUGGAACUCACUGAAACUCGUGCCAAACAUAAUUUCCAGUGUGGCAGCUACUCGGGUAUGGGCGAGAGAGCACCUUUGGAAAAUCCACUUGUAAGCAGCGCCAAGGAACUGGCGCAGGACCGUGAGGAAGGCCUUGCAGCCGUGACAAAGCAACUUCUUGAUGCGCAACGCGCAUGCAAGCUUGCAAGUGUCAAGGUAGCACGCCUCAACGUUGAACGCGAUCGUGAUGCUGCAUUGCGCGCAAUGAGCAAUGCAGAACGAACUCGCUUCCAGCGCGCUAUGGAUGCGUUGGCAAUGGAGCAGCAGACGACGCUCCUGGCUAGCGAUGCCAUAGCUACUGUGCAACUCGCAGCCGAAGAUAGUCAAGCUCGGCUCGAUUUACAAAGCGAACAAGGUCGUGAUCUCGAUGGUAUUCAGGUGAUGCUGUAUGAUGAACAAUUAGCUGCAGAGGCUGCAUGCGCUGCUCAGGGCUACCUAGUGGACUCACUGGAUCAAUGCGUGGCCCCGGAGACGGCCGCAACAGCUUCCACCGUUGGCCAACUGGGGCACGCAAUGCGCAUUACUGCUGAUAUUUCUGGUGCUCUUCGUGAUGCGCGCCGCCAAGAGGCAAAGACCCGUAUCGAGCGGGAUGAGGCAGUGGCUUGCGUGUCAAAUAAAGCGUCCCGAUCUGCCGCCACUUCCGUCAAAGUGCGCGAUGUUAUUGCGAGACGUGCACUCCUCAAUGCUGAAUUAGACGUAAUGCGAGAUUCUUUGACAAUCGCUCAAGUCAAGCUUGGAGCACGAGACCGAAGAGAUUGUGAAAAUCAAUGGGUCAAGCACCUCUGGCAGCAAGCUGCUCAGCUCUUUGAAGGCGAGAAUGGUUUGUGCAAUAUUGAUCAAAUCCUGCCUGAUAGUGAUUUAAAGGACGAAGCUCGUAAUCACCAUGUUUUGGAUGAUAGGCGCAGUGCCGCUUCGAUAGAAAAUUAUGACAGCGAAUAUCAAAGGGAAAUACCCAACAUUGGUGCAAUUCAUCCUUUAUCAGAGGCUUUGUCAGGGGUAGUCAGGGAUGCGGCACGGAAUCUGCGUUCUGAAUUAAAUAACGAAGAGAAUCGGCGUCGGAAACUAGCGAUUGAGGUCGAAACACUCAAGCAAGAGGCAUUACGCCGCAGGCCACUACGGACAGUAUUGCGGCGUUUUGAGGCUAAUCGCAACAAGGCACUUGCUGAGCUUGAUUUGGCGGUCAGGCAUGCGUCCGUUGCAGAAAGUAGUGUAGUGGCUCUCAGAGAGGAAGUUUCGUCUUGCGCAGAAAACGCCACCUCGGCUCUUUCUAAAACUGCUGUCGCUCUUGGUAGCGCAGAAGUGCUGCGAGCCUCGCUUCUUGUUGCCCACGGCCAGGUCGAACGCGCCGCCGCGGAGGCGGAAAGGAUGCGCGCGGCAAGCCUUGUGACAGAGGACGACGCUGCGCAAGCCAGCACGACCCUCGAUCAGAGACGCGUUUUAGCGACACACGUAGCAAGCAACAGAGCACGCGGUGCUGUUGUUCGCUCUUCCAUCGAGACUGCACGCAUGAUUGUCGGCAAAGCCGCAGUUGGUGCGAAUGCGGAGCGUGAUGAUCUUGCUCACCGUGCAAAACAGGAGCUCGAAGUACGCGAUGUUGCUGGGGCAGUGAACGAGACACAAUCAUACUUAUUGGAGAGCGGUCGACGUGAAAGGCGCGACUCUCUUGCCAAACAUGUCGCUGACUUGCAGAAACUUCACAUGCUUCAUGUGCGUGCUGAUGAGGAAACGACCACAAUUCGUAAAGCAGUCACCGCGGCUGCUCGUUCGGCAAGAUGCCAUGACACUCGUCUCCGGGAUCGUCUCCUCCUCUCCGCUUGCACCAGUGAUAGUAUUGUCGCCACCGCCUCUACCCAUCUCCGCCACGAUACUAACGCCGCUCAGAUCAAGGCAAAACAUGCUCUUGAAUCACGCAAAAGAUUGACAGAGGCCAUUCAACAGAAGAAAAGCACAGUCGAAACUAUUGUACAUUUGCAUGCUAAGGUCAGUGCUGACGUCGACAUAACGCGAGCCAAGCUUGUCUCACUAAGAGACGAGCUUGCCAUCUACCAAAAGCUUGCCAUCUACCAAUCAAAGCACCACAAGAUAUGCACUGCAGGGGUUUCCAAACACCGCCCCACCGUUGGCGACAGCACAGCCAAUAUCGGCAACGCAUCAUCCUGGGUUGAGCUGGCUACAGAGGAUUGGGAUCGCGCUUUCAUAUACAAUAAUAGUAGAUGAGUUUUUAUUAACAACUACGCCGUUUUGAUGGGUUCGUCCCGCAAUAUAUGCACGAGCACUCGGGCCGAGGCGGUAUAUGGGGAACAAAGUAUUCUUGAUCUCCACUCAGAGCAGCCUUUUCCUAAGGCACGAGGAGGAUGCUGUCAUUCAAACUCUGAUUGCCUCCUGCGCGCCACACAGAAAGGAAUCUCUUCAAGGAACUUUAUCUGGCACGGCGUUCAACCUUGACGUCGGUGCCGAUAUCUUUUCAAGCGCAACUGCCGCUUACCUUGCCAUGUAGCCACGGUGCAUGCUGUGGUAUCUCAAGACAAGCAAGUUCACAUGUUCACAAGUCUCAGCUUUUGCAGUAGUCAUCCAAACAAGAAUUAUCAUGACGAGCGUUUGCGAAUGACUUACCCGCUACCUCCUAGGUAUCCUAAAUGGGAUUUUGUCAGACGGACCAACUGGUGACUCCCAGAUCAGGCCCCGUCGGGCCUGACCUACGGGGUCGCGCGGCCCGUCCAGCCUCCCGCCGCGUGCGCCUUCGUGUCCCCGGGCCCCAUUCCCUAACUAAGACCAGACUAAG